AUGUCCAAUAUAUAUACAUUAAAAGAUAUAAAAGAUAGAGGACACUUGCUAGGUAGCAUAUAUGAGCAAGAGCUUGAAAAAAAAUUAAAUUCUGCUAUCGAAUAUAACUCUAAAAUUAAUGAUCUCAAUGAAAGGUUGCAGGCUGAAAAUUCAAAAUAUUUGGGGCGAGAAAAGGAGUUUCAGCAAAUUAGUACUAAUAUUAGAAAUAAGAUUAGCCAGAUAGAUAUAAUCAAUACUAGGCUUAGAUCCCAAGUUACUUCUGAACGGAUGUCCCAUAAUGAACUCGAAGCUGAACAUUCUGCCAAAAUAAAAUCGCUCAAAUCUUCAAUUAAAUCAUUGAAGAGAAAAGCAACCUUGGCCCAGAAAGCUUCAUCCCUUGCUAAAAUCAAGAUUCUUUCUCUCGAAGCUAAGAUAGAUGAAUUAGAAACCGAGCUGAGGAACCUGAAACAAGAACAAGUGGGUUCCCCACUACGUGCAUCCCAGGAUUCGAAUAUAGUGAGAGGGUUACUAGAGGAGCCACCCCAAAUAAACUCAUCUGAAAUUGAUUCUCUUAGGCUUGAAUUGGGACGGGUAAAGGAGAAUUUAAAUUUAAAAAAACAUGAAAUAGAAUAUAUGGAAAAAGGGAUAGAGGCAACAGAUGUCAUAUAUAAACGGGAAUUAGAUAGAUUGUCUUCUCUGCAAUUAAAUUUAAUGGAGGAAAAUUCUCACCUCUGA